AUGGCGACGCUUGUUCCUCCUCCAAGUAAGCGACAGAAGCUGGAGACUGCGGAGAAGGCGCGACUACAGCAGGAGAUCGAGAGUAUUCCAGACAAUCUGGGAAGCGUCCGAGUACAAUUCUUCGAUCAAGCAACGGGGUCUGUAACAGGUCCUGCAGUGUCCGUUCCAGUGGCCGAUGCCAAUGUCAAGAAUCUCGAGACGCUCUUGAACACAUUACAAGGCAAUGAAGACGACGAGGACCGAGUACCGUACCGGUUCACCUACCAAUCUGACGGCAAAGAUGCUCAAACGAUUGAUAUUCUGGCAGAUCUCUACCACUCUCUGCUCAAGCCGGGUCUGAAAACGACCGAAGAUACCAUCCACCUUUACUUUACCCCGCAAGCAGUCUUCCGAGUCAAGGCUGUUUCACGAUGCUCUGCUUCCAUUGCUGGACAUGGAGAAGCGAUUCUUGCGACCUCUUUCUCUCCAGUCUCCUCGUCGACCAUGGUCUCUGGAAGUGGUGAUUCGACAGCCCGUAUUUGGGACUGCGAUACAGGCACUCCCAAGCACACGCUCAAGGGACAUACUAGCUGGGUUCUUGCAGUCGCCUACUCACCUAAUGGAGCGAUUAUCGCUACCGGAAGCAUGGAUAACACUGUACGACUGUGGGAUGCAAAGAAGGGACAGGCCCUUGGAGGCCCACUCAAGGGGCAUGCGAAGUGGAUUACUAGUCUGGCGUGGGAGCCAUACCAUUUACAGGCAACGGGCCGGCCGCGCUUGGCCUCUGCAUCGAAGGACUCGACAGUGCGCAUCUGGGAUGUGGUAGGGAAACGAAUCGAUAUUGUCCUCACUGGACACAAAGGCUCAGUCACGUGCGUUCGCUGGGGCGGGACAGGAAAGAUCUACACCUCGUCUCAUGACCGAACGAUCAAGGUCUGGAACGCACAGAACGGAUCACUGAUCCAGACGCUUUCCGCGCACGCUCAUCGUGUAAACCAUCUGGCCCUAUCAACAGAUUUUGCCCUUCGCACGGCCUACCACGAUCACACCGGCAAGGUCCCGCAGUCUGACGUGGAGAAGGUGGCUGCAGCAAAGAAGCGCUUCGAGCAGGCUGCGACCAUCAACAACAAGAUUGUCGAGAAACUAGUAUCAGCCAGUGAUGAUUUCACCAUGUACCUAUGGGAUCCAGAGAGCUCAAAUAAGCCUGUGGCGCGGCUGCUGGGUCACCAGAAGGAAGUCAACCACGUCACAUUUUCUCCAGACAUGGCUUACAUUGCCUCUGCCGGGUUUGACAACCAUGUGAAGCUAUGGAAUGGUCGGGAUGGAAAGUUCAUCACCACCCUUCGCGGCCAUGUCGGUGCGGUCUACCAGUGCUGCUUUUCCGCCGACUCACGGCUGCUGGUGUCGUCUUCAAAGGACACAACACUGAAGGUAUGGAACGUCCGCACCGGAAAGCUCGCCAUGGAUCUACCCGGACACAAGGACGAGGUCUUUGCUGUCGACUGGAGUCCUGACGGACAGCGGGUGGGCAGUGGUGGAAAGGACAAAGCAGUGCGGAUAUGGACCAAUUGA